CAUUAUGAAGUUGACGAACGUGAGACGAGACGGCGCAUGCCCCGCUCGACCAAAAUAGGUUUUAGAGGAUGGCAUCAAUCUGUUGACACAGCGAACUGGAUUGCCGUUGCCACGGUAGCCGGCCCGAAAAGGACACGGGACAGACGGCCGUGCAUCAAUUACCCAUUGCCCGCGUGUCUCUCGCUCUGCGUUAUGCCGCAAAAACAGAGCUUUUCAUUGUAAGAGACGGUAGCAGUUUUGCAUUGUCCCGAUUUCGUGUCGUGUCCGCACUUCAUCAUGUCCAGCCUCUUUGAGCGAAUUAAAAGCGCCAUUCCGAAAGACGGGCUGCAAAUCGCAUCCUACAAAGUCAUCCGCCAGAUCCAGGAUUAUGAGGAAAGAAUUUAUCCGCCCCAAAUAUGGGUCAGGACUCAGAUGAAAAGCACUUCGAGAGAGGAUUGCACUUAUCCGAUGUUUUGGAAACUGUUCAAUUACAUUUCGGGGCAAAACGAACGGCAAGAAAAAAUCCCAAUGACUGCGCCCGUCUCCGUGCUGAUUGAGCCGGACGAUCCGUCUGAAGUGGCUGAUCAUCCGCAAAGCACGUUCACGAUGGCCUUUUACAUUCCUGCACCGUUCGACGAGGAUCCUCCGCAACCCGUCGACCCUAGCGUGUCGAUUGAACAUCGACCCGAAAUCAGAGUUCUCGUCAGAACUUAUGGGGGUUUCAGUAACGACCGCAUAGACCAAGAAGAGCGUUGCCACCUGCUCGCCUCGCUAACUGCCGAGGACAAAGAAAUGGUGCAAGACCAACUGAAUCAACCGGGCGGAGGCGUUUAUUAUUGCGCUGGUUACGAUCCGCCUCUGAAACUCUUUUUCCGACGCAACGAAAUUUGGCUACCUAUCCAAGGGCAAUGCGAUAGCUCCGACGGAUCGACUCUUUCCCCCCUUAAUUAAGCAAUAGAUUAAUAAGUCUACGUCGACGAUGGUCGUGACAUUGAGCGAAAGCUGCAAAAAAAUUAAACAAUUUAUUUAAAUUUCCCUCCUCCGCUAACAUGCCGUGUGUCCGUAACAUUCUCUACGUGUUU